GAGGCGAAUGGCAGAUCCGUAAUUCAAUGCCGAUAUCUGUCCCAAAACUUCGUCCCGGUUUCAGAGUUUAACGACACUCCGUUUUGGCGGUUCCAUUGGGAUUUCCUUCAUCAGUUUCGUUUUUAAGGAUAGUAUUCUCAUCACCGGACUCUGCAAAUUCAUUGUCAUUUCUCAUUGGACUUCAAUUCCAUUUCUCUUCUUUUUCUGUUGGGAUUUUCAUCUCCUUCUUCGAUUCGAUGCAUUUUUCUGAUUGUUGGAGGAGAUGGGUUUUCUGAGCAGUUUGUUGGGAAUCUUGGGAUUUGGAUUUGGGCUCUCAUUUGGGAUUUUCCUGGGCUUUUUCCUCUUCAUAUAUUUCGAGCCAAGGGAUGUAAAGGAUCCAGUAAUUAGGCCACUUCAUGAGUUAGAUUCAAAGGCAUUGCAUGCUCUUCUACCUGAGAUUCCUCUGUGGGUGAAGAAUCCGGACUAUGAUCGGGUCGAUUGGGCGAACAAGUUUGUUCUUGAUAUGUGGCCCUACUUAGAUAAGGCAAUAUGCAAUAUGAUAAGAAGCACGGCAAAACCAAUAUUUGAUCAGUACAUUGGGAAAUUUCACAUAGCAUCAAUUGAAUUUGAUAGUUUAACUCUUGGGUCUCUCCCUCCAACAAUUCAUGGAAUGAAAGUCUAUGAGACUAACGAGAAAGAAAUAGCCAUUGAGCCUGCACUACGAUGGGUUGGCAAUCCUAACAUAACCGUAAUGUUGAAAGUUCUAUCACUACAUUUGACAGUGCAGCUGGUGGAUUUACAAAUAUUUGCAAUGCCUCGUGUUACUCUAAAGCCUCUCGUACCAACCUUCCCAUGCUUUGCAAACAUUAGUGUAUCUUUCAUGAGAAAGCCACGCAUAGACUUUGGGCUUAAAUUACUGGGCGGAGACAUCAUGGCCAUCCCUGGCUUGUAUCAAUUUGUUCAGAAAUUUAUCAAAGAACAGGUUGCAAGCCUCUACCUCUGGCCAAAGGUCCUAGAAAUUCCUAUUUUAGACAGUUCAAGUGGGGCCAUGAAGAAGCCAGUUGGCAUAUUACAUGUGAAUGUUCUCCGAGCACUUCAUCUCUCAAAGAUGGAUAUCUUUGGGAAAUCUGAUCCAUACGUCAAACUCAAAUUGAUUGGGGAGAGACUGCCAGUGAAGAAAACCACAAUCAAGAUGAAGAAUCUGAAUCCUGAGUGGAAUGAGCAGUUCAAGCUUAUAGUCAAAGACCCCGAGAACCAAGCGCUUGAACUACAAGUCUACGACUGGGAAAAGGUUGGAGCGCAUGACAAAUUGGGAAUGCAAGUGAUUCCACUCCGUUUGCUCACUCCAAAUGAAACAAAGGCAUUCACACUCGAUUUGCUCAAGAACAUGAAUCCAAACGACCCUCAAAACAAAACAAACAGAGGGAAGAUUAUGGUGGAGCUGACCUAUGAUCCUUUCAAAGAAGAUGACAGGUUUAGUGGACCUUUAGAUGGAGCUGGCAAGGACAGUGGCAUCAGAAGAUCUCCUGAAAGCAGCAGCAUUGCUUCAAGAGGAGGGUUGCUCUUGGUUGUGGCCCAAGGUGCAGAGGACGUUGAGGGAAAUCGUCAUAAUAAUCCUUGUGCCGUGAUCCUUUUUAGAGGAGAACAAAGGAAAACUAAGGUUAUCAAGAAAUCUAGGGACCCAGUAUGGAACGAAGAGUUCCAAUUCAUGCUAGAAGAGCCCCCAGCUAAUGAUAAGAUCCACAUUGAAGUGAUAAGCAAGAAGACGGGCUUCACCUUUCAUCCAAAGGAAUCAUUGGGGCAUGUAGAUAUUAAUCUUAUGGAUGUAGUCAACAACGGACGUAUCAACGAGAAAUACCAUCUUAUCAAUUCAAAGAAUGGGGUGAUACACAUUGAAAUUCGGUGGAAGACCAUCUGAAGAAGGUGAAGAGAUCUCAUUUUCCAUUCUUUUCCAUGAGAAGCUGUCGGAAGCGGUCGAGGCGGUCGAACAUAGACAAUGAGCUAUUCUUCAACCUGAAGUAUGUAGGACAUUUCAUGACAGGGUUAUGGCAUCCUUGAAGAUUUACGCAAUGCAACUACUAGGGGGGCAGGGUGUACCCAACUACUAGGGGGGCAGGGCGUACCCAAAUGUAGAAUUCUGUUAAUUGCUCGAGUUCGAUGGACUCCUUUUGGAAGUUCCAUCCAACCUUCACUUACAAACUCAAUUUUCACAAAGAACGCCUAAUUUUGGAAAGUUUAGUUCAUUCAGAAAAAAGAAAAAGAAAAAAAAGAGAGUUACUCUUUCAAUGGAACUCUCUUGCAUUGAAAUUGGCAUCCAUCAAUGUUCAUCCUUUGAACUCAGAUUCCAUGGAACUUGUGUGCAGAUUUCCGUGAAUCCAAAUGAAGAGAAACAAAUGUCCAUUUUCCUGCCUGCUCGUGGCCAAAUUGAGU